AUGUCUCAGUAUCCGUACGACCAAGCGGACGAAGCCCAGCACGGGCACUACAACGACGGCCACGCACCCUACAACACUCAAUCCCACUACGACCCGUACGGAUAUGGCCAUACACCACCUCCAGCCCAGCAACAGCAGCACGACCCCUUCGUCGACCCGUACUCGAACGUGCCGCCUCCGCCCGCCCAAGGCCAUCAAAUGUCCACAUAUUACCCCUCGGUACCUGCGUCCGAUCCGUACCAGCAACAACCCUAUCCGCCAGUCCACUCGCCGCCUAUCCAGCCGUACCCGCCCGUGCACUCGCCACCGCCGGCAGACCCCUACGGUCACCUGUCGCCACCACAACACAAUGCGCCCCUUGGACAGCCCUACGAGAUGCAGAGGCCGGACUCCUAUGGUCAAUCAUACGAGACGCACGAGCACGACGACGACGGGCUGGGAGAUGCCGGCGAGCUGCCGCUCCUGCGCGCACCGAGCGCACAUCCGUCGUUCGCGCUCCAGGAUCCUGGCGUGAUGCCUGUACCUGGUGGAGGGUACGAGCCGAAUAUGCCUGUAGCGGGGUACGAGCCUAGUAUGCCGGGCGGCUACGACGAGGAGGAGACGAAUAUCCGCUACGGCCGUAUCCCGCAGCGCGUGCCGCGUCGGUACAAGACGAUCAAGAAGGUCGAGCUGUUCCACGGCAACUUCGUGCUCGACUCGGCUGUGCCCACCAAGCUGCUCAACUUGUGCGCUCAGAAGAACGAGCGCGAGUUUACGCAUAUGCGGUAUAGCGCUGCUACUUGCGAUCCGAACGACUUCAAGGACUCGGGCUUCACGUUGCGUCAAGUCCACUACGACCCCCCGCGGAGAACGGAGUUGUUCAUCGUGUUGACGAUGUACAACGAGGAUGACUCGCUGUUCACGCGGACGAUGCACGGUGUUAUGAAGAACAUCCAACACUUGUGUACGCGUGACCGCUCAAAGACGUGGGGCAAGGACGGAUGGAAGAAGGUGGUGGUCUGUAUUGUUAGCGACGGCCGCUCGAAGAUAAACUCGCGCACGCUCUCGGUCGUAGCGACGAUCGGCGCCUACCAGGACGGUAUCGCCAAGUCCGUCGUGAACAACAAACCCGUGGCCGCCCACAUCUACGAGUACACGACGCAGAUUUCCGUUACACCGUCCAACAAGAUCGAAGGCGCGGAGAAGGGGCUGGUACCCGUGCAAGUCAUCUUCUGCCUGAAGGAGAAGAACCAGAAGAAGAUCAACUCACAUCGAUGGUUCUUCAAUGCGUUCGGCCCGAUCCUGCAGCCGAAUGUCUGCAUCUUGCUCGAUGUGGGUACCAUGCCGGGGCCUACGAGCAUCUACCAUUUGUGGAAGGCGUUCGAUAUCAACUCGAAUGUCGGCGGCGCGUGCGGUGAGAUCGUCGCGCUCAAGGGGAAGUGGGGUCAACUCUUGCUUAACCCGCUCGUCGCGGCGCAGAACUUCGAGUACAAGAUGUCGAACAUUCUCGACAAGCCGCUCGAGUCCGUCUUCGGAUAUAUCACCGUGCUUCCUGGCGCCUUCUCCGCGUACCGCUACAUUGCGCUUCAGAACGACGCCAAGGGCGAAGGCCCACUGCAGAAGUACUUCCUCGGCGAGACCAUGCACGGCGCUGGUGCCGAUAUCUUCACGGCGAACAUGUAUCUUGCUGAGGAUCGUAUCUUGUGUUGGGAGCUCGUCAGCAAGCGCGGAGGCGCAUGGCUCUUGCACUACGUCAAAUCUGCCUAUGCUGUGACGGAUACGCCAGAUCAGGUUCCCGAGCUAGUCUCGCAGCGCCGUCGCUGGCUCAACGGUUCCUUCUUCGCCGCCAUCCACUCGACCUUCAAGUUCCACUACAUCUACCGGUCAUCACACAGCUUCGCCCGCAAGUUCUGGAUCCACGUCGAGCUGGUGUACCAGACGUUCAACUUGAUAUUCUCCUGGUUCGCCUUGGGCAACUUCCUCAUAUCGUUCUUCAUCCUUACCAACGCGCUGGAGGAUCCGACGAUCAUUGGCGGGAACGCUAUCAAAGUUAUCAACACGAUCCUGGAAUACGCUUACGUCGGCCUGCUCUUGACAUGCUUCAUGCUGUCCCUCGGCAAUCGUCCUCAGGGCUCUAAAUGGGGAUAUACUACUGCGUUCAUUGGCUUCGCUUUGCUUACGGCGUACAUGACGUUCGCGGCAAUAUUUCUGGCCGUGAAGUCUGUACAGAGCGUCGCAAAAGAGAACGGCAAGAGUUUGGACGCUGGCGACUUCUUCACGAAUACGAUCUUCCGCGACGUUGUCUUGUCUAUGGCGGCGACAAUCGGGCUGUAUGUCUUCGCGUCGCUCAUUCACCUCGAGCCAUGGCAUAUGAUAACGUCCUUCCUCCAAUACACGCUCAUCGCGCCGUCAUACAUCAACAUCUUGAAUGUUUACGCGUUUGCCAACGUGCACGACGUCUCCUGGGGUACCAAAGGCGACAACAAAGUCAGCACCGACCUCGGCGUAGUCAAGACCUCGACAGACUCGAAAACAGUCGAAGUCGUCGUCCCGACCGCGGAAACGGACAUCAACGCCGCGUACGAGGACGCGAUCCACGUCCUGAGCACCAAGCCGCCCAAAGAGGAAAAGAAGUCCGACCCGGCGCAGGAGCAGGAGGACUACUACCGCACGUUCCGCACGAACGUCCUGAUGGCCUGGGUGCUCUCGAACUCGCUGCUCGUCGCGAUCAUCCUCACCGCCACCGGGAGCGCGGAGGAUAAGGGCGCGAGCAGCACGGUGAAUGGGUAUCAGAUCUUCAUUCUGUAUGCUGUUGUGCUUCUCGCUCUUGUGCGCUUCAUUGGAUCCACGGGGUACAUCAUCGUGCGCAUGUUCGCCGGCGAGUAG